AGAAGAAAAAACCUCAACCGACAAAAGCGACGGGCCAACCCACCAGUCCCACCACCAAAGGACCUCUAAACUUCUUGGGGUUCUCCUUCUUUCUUUCUCUCUCUCUCUUUUUUUUUUUUUCUUUUUCGUCGUCUCCUGUUCUCUUCCCCUUCCCCAUAUUAUGGGCCGGUAGUGACAUUGCAGGCUCAGUCUCGAUAAACCCACCGUCCCGGAUUGUUUAACUCGACCCGUUGCUGCACCUUGUUCCACCUUGCAGCAACACUUCAACAUUUUCGAUACCCAUUUCAAUAGUGAACAUUUGAUUUUAAUUUUUUUGAAAACCAAGUCGGUGCUGAUCGUCCCAGCGGUUCUUGUAUUAUUUCUUCUCUACUGACGUGCCAACACACACACGUGGAUCAACAAACAAACCGUGGUCCGCAGCCACAGCAGCAGGUGCGUGCAGAGUUUGAAAUCCAGUCAAAAGUCGAGGACCAGUAAAAGUGAACGGACGUAAUACCAGCAGCAGCACCACAAUGAAAGGCUGGUUCGAUGCAUUUCGUCACGACGGUGGACCGACGCUUUACGACCGCGCAAACAGGACGGCCGUGACGGGCGAUGUGUCCACCAUCACAUUCUGCGUCAUCGCCAUCACCCUCUUUGUGGCAUUCCUCAUCGUCUUGCCCGGCAUGCGCAAAGAACGUUUUACAACAUUCACGAGCGUCACCAUCAGCCUCUUCGUCGGUGCCGUCAUUCUCGUUACCGGCAACGGAUGCGGAUGGCACACCGGAGAAGGGCAAAUCACGAGCAGUUACCGCGCCUUCUCCAACGAGAAAAUAAUCGCCAAAUUGGGCAUCCACAUUGGAUUCAAUCACGUCAAUGUCACUCUUCGCUCUGCUGGCGUGUUUAAUUUGAGCGACCGGAUCGAUUACAACGAGCGAUUCGGUUGGAGAGGACCCGAUGAUAUGGUGGAUGGUUACCAUAAAGCCUUGCAUAAAGGCUUACCGUAUCCUAUCCUAACUGUGGCCGAAUACCUCAGCUUGAACGAAGAAGGUUUCGGAUGGGGACGAACCUAUCGCCAAGCCGGCUAUUACAGCUGCAUCGCCUUGUGGGCGUCGUUCGCCGCUUGGUUACUGAUGAACAUUAUGCUGGUGACUGUGCCCGUCUACGGAGGUUACAUGAUGCUCCUCACCGGCGGCCUCAUGCUCCUUUCCAACUUGAUUUACUUCAUAAACGUACCCAGUCGGCCGCUGCUCAUCCGCUUCGAAGACACCAUCAUCAGUUUCACUUACGGCUGGUGUUUCUGGCUCGUCCUUGCCGCUGGGCUGCUCGUUUCGUUACUGGGAUUGAUCAUCACCUUGGUGGAAAUCGCCUACCCCCACAAGUUCUCGACCGUCAUUGAACUGGAUUACGACACGCCUUACGACCGUCACAUAAUCAUCGAGGAGAGUCACGACACCAAGGUCGGAAAAAGGCGAUCGAGAUUCGAAGAGCCGAUCGCCAAUUUCGGGUCAAGGAUCUUCCGUCGCUUCUCCAAGCGUCAGAAUGGGGCACUCGGCGGCGACAACAACGACAUGAAAUUCGGCUUGGAUAAUCCGUCGAUGGAACUCGACCCGCCGAAAUCGCCGUGGAGAUAUCCGCACAGGACAUUCAGCACUGGACCGACGCGGCCGACGUCACGGUCCGAGUCUCGUAAAUCGACGAAAUCGGUGGGAUUCCGCGACGUCAAUGUCUAUGGAAACACAUUACAUCCAUCCAGCGCUGCCCUGGGUCCGUCUUUGGACACGUCAGAAGUGGAAACACUUCCGGAUGUUCACAGCAUGACGCCGGAGCCACCAAUCAUCAAAACAACCAUAGCAGAACCCAUUUGGGAGUCGGAAAAGUCAUCGUCCAGUGAGUCGGAAGAAGAAGAGUUGGAAAGGGUACAGAACAUACCCAUCACAACCGUCAACUUCCGGGCGUCAGCGUCACGCCAGAAUUCGCACGAGUCACGAUUCAGCCGGAACAGUUCGUUGCGGCAAUCGCACAUCGAUCGAGCGCUAGAAGAUUGGGAUGAGCCAGAGCGGCCAGAGCGGACGAGUAUCGUCAGCAUCAUCAAAUCGGCUUUCCAUAUCGCUCCGUCUCCGGCGUGUCCGUCGACCUCCACGACAGGAGGUUCCGGGGCUUCCACGCCAAUGAGGCGGAUAUCCAACGAAGAAGCUGAUGCCAUUCAUUUGGACAGGACGGGCAGUUAUAAGCAGCGUUCCUCAUUAGCGACCGUUUCAGCGAAAAUCAGUGCAGCAGCCGAGGCCGAUCGUUCCAGACAUUCUAGCGAUGAUGACGUUCAUCGGGUAGACAUGUGGUAAUUGAGAACCUCACAGUUUCUGCCACCUAAACCUUCCUGCCUUCCUAAAAAUGAGAACACACAAACACUCAACGGUGCAGCAAAGCUUCAAGAUUUCCUAUUUCGUCGCGUAUCGUCGUGGUGUUUCGAUCGAAACCGGCAGCAAUUGAACACACACACACACAAUCUUAGAAGAAUUCUAGUAUUUUAUUACAGUCGUCUAUGAAUAAAUCAUAAAUAUUGGUUUCGACUGAUCGCCCACGGGAAGAGGAGCAGAGGAAAUUGAUUACGAUGCGAGCAUCAAUGUAUUUACAUAUUAUACCGAAAGUAAAGGAUAGAAACAAAAAUUCAAGGCGCGGCCGCUGGUCUUCGUUGCUUUGAGUGUUCGUGUGCUUUGUACAUUUUUUAACUCUCGUGAGGGUUUUUUUUCCUUUUAGUUUGAAGAAUUGUUUUUACUUUUAAUUAAAUGCACUUUGUGGCAACUUGUUUUUUUUUUUACCUCCCCAUGUUUGUAAUUAAUUAAAAGAAAGCUGUUUUACUUUUGAUCCGACGUUGUGGGAUCGGUCCACUUUCCUUUCGAAAUUUCGGGAAAACAAAAUAAAAAAAUAACAAACAAAAAACGUGAUGGUUCUUCAUUGAUACAUGUUUCUAUUCGGGUCUCUGUUCUGUGAAGUUUCGACCUAAUAUUCUGUUUGCCCUUGUGUGUUUUUCCUUAUUUUCACAAAGUGUUUUCAAAUGAUGUUUCGGGGGUUUAUUAACUGAUUGAUAUGUAUUACAUAAUUAUUAUUUUUUUUGCGGAUUGAGGGCUAAAGCCGUGUUUUGUCCGUUGUGAUUUUUUAAAUAAAAUGUGGUGUUUUCUAA